ACGGGUUUCCUGAAUCGCUUUUGAUUACAUGCACGACUGGGCGGUGAGAGAAAGCUACCCGUGAACUUGAGGGUGUUGAAUCUCUCCGACCGGAAAGCGAGUUGUCUAGCAUUGCUCUUUUCUCAGCUUUGAAUUGUGUCGCUUAGGUAUGCACGCAAGUUACCUGAAUGUCGAGCAAUGAUAUACAUAUCGACUGCAUAUAUUUCCAACAAUGUGAUUUUAGAACGAGCGACUUGGGUCAAUUGCUAGAUAAUCUGCUGCCAGAAAGAUCAAGUUGCAAAACGAAGGUACCCCCAUCUUCCAGUCCUCCAUCAACCGCCAAUCCACCCGUUUCAGACUCAGUGAAAAACAACUUCCAAAUUGUCAAAAAGAACAGCCGCGGCUACAAAUCCCGCAGAACCCGGCAAGACACUAGAUAUAAGCUCCAGCCUCACAUACUCCACACCCUUCAACGCAUUUUCAAAGUUCACCGUAUCGAAGUUGCUAUAGCCUUGCUUUGCUGUAUACGUAUAAUCAACCGCCGGUUUCUCGGCGCCACUCUUCUGUACCCCCACAAACCUCAAGGUGCAAUUGAGUGUCACAGUAACGGUUGGAACUGCUGUUGCGGCGAUACACGCGGUGCGCAGUUUCAAGAGAUCGAAAGUGCUAUAGGGCGAUUUAGGGUAUUUGACAGUGAAGUAAGGUGUAUCGAUGAGAGGGUUCAAUCGUGUGAUACCGCUAAGGACCUGUGGGCGGAAACUUGUGCUGAUGAUGUUGGACGGAGAAGGAGCGACUGGACCAACACCGUUGGGAGCGGCGACUGCGUAGGCCGGGAAGUCGAGACCUUCGGUCUGGCCGACAAGCGUGACGCCUCCGAGGGGGGCGGGGGUCAACUUGUCAAACUGUCGCAUUGUUAAUUGACAG